AUGCUGGCGCUGUGGGUGCAGACCUGCGUCCUGACAAAGUCUACCUUGCCUGAGCUUCGGCGGUCCACUUCAACACCACACAUCCGGAACGUCGCACUGGGAGACUCGGGCGAUUUGUCGCCUCGGUAUCCUUCGCUACGUCGUCGCCAUCAUGAUCGUUUCGUCAUCCUCGAUAUCCUUCCCUACGUCUUAGCCGUCAUGUUUCUCGCUGGUCGUGUGUCGAUACUCUACUAUCCGUCCUCCUUUUGUCUCCGCGCGACCGUCAAACCCGAAAGACGAGUAUACCAGUAG